AUGCUCUCCACCACCCUCAUCACCACCCUCAUCCUGGGUCUUUCCCAUCUAACAACCGGCGUCGCCCUACCCUCAACCUCAACUUCCUCAAAUAGCUUCCUCAUCAACCACGUAGCCUCCGACUACUUUCCAAACUCAAAAGAUGACCUUAGCGCCUUCGACGUGGACGUCCGCUACGUGGGCUAUUCCCCCGCCACCGAGUCCUGGCUCACAACCCUGAACCCACAUUCAGCAAGUACGGAUGAAGAAAAAGCACGAAUGCUAACGGAAGCCGCCUACGCAAAGAAAUACGACGAGAACGACGUCGACAUGGCGAGCGACGUGGACUCAUUGCUUGCGCACGUUGCUGGGAACGGCACUGUGGCCAAGGGAAUCUCGAAGCGGUCGAGCUUCGCGACUAGUGCUGCACAUGCUGUGCUGUGGAGUGCGUGUGGGACUGUGUUUUCUUGUAUCUCCGGUACAACUUGUCAGUUUGAUCAGCAGAUUGGGAAGGCGCCGCGCAGUCAUUGCGAGCAGCAGGGUGGGUCGAAUUGCUGUAUUAGUUGGUCGACUUAUAGUGUUCGGGCUGGGUUUUUCUCGACUACUUGGACGGCUUGUAAUGAGGAGGUUAGGGCCGAGGGAAAGUCUAGUGCUUCUUGUGAGGGAUAUGGGAGUGGGGAUCAGGGGGGUGAUGUUUGUCUUAGCAAUCGUGCUUCGGGGUGUACCUAA